AUGUCGAAUCGCGAGAGUGACGUUCCCCUGCGGCGCGCAAGCACUGCUCACGACAACAAUUUCGACGAUAGCUUUUUGGGACGAGUGAGGUCGUUUACCCGUCGGGAGCGACAUAUCGGCCAAGUCAGCCACAAUGAGCUUCGUGAUUCGGUCGACAUUGAACUGCAUACUUGGGACGGCCCUGAUGAUCCGGACAACCCAUUCAACUGGAGCAAGGGAUACAAGUGGACGUUGACCAUCACCAUCUGCAUCAUGUAUAUUGACCCUCCUCCAACACCACAAGAUACCAAGGUACUGACCUGGUAUAGCUCUAUCCUGACCGGUCUCCCAGCCGGCUCCUACGGCGCCGGAGCAGACUACAUCUCCGAACGCUUCCAUGUCCAGAACAAACCCUUCCCCAAUGUCACCUGGGCCACGACCUCCUGGAACAUGGGCGCCGCCUUCUGGCCACUCAUCUUCGUCCCCCUGACCGAAUCCUCCGGCCGUAUGCCCGGCUACUUUGUCGCCUACUUCAUCCUGGUCGUCUCGCUGUUCCCGUCGGCGUUCGCGCAGAACUAUGCCACCCUGGUCGUCACGCGGUUCUUCGGCGGCGGCGCCUCGUCGGUGGCCAUCAACAUUGUCGGCGGCAGCAUCAGCGACGUCUGGUGGGGAGACAGAGCCCGGAGCAUCCCCAUGUCACUGUUCGGGUUGACCAGCGUGAUUGGCAUCGCGCUGGGGCCGUUCAUGGGCUCGGCCAUUCUGGCCAUCAACAAGAGCUCCCCAUGGAGAUGGAUCUUCUACAUCCAAAUCAUCUACAACGCAGGACUCAUCCCCAUCUUCUGGUUCCUCCUGUACGAGACCCGCGCGGACGUGAUCCUCUCCCGGCGCGCGAAGAAAAUCCGCCGUGAAACUGGCCGCCCCGUCUACGCUGAGGCCGAGCUCUCGCACACGAGCGUGUGGAAGCUGCUCGAGAUCUCGUUCGAACGGCCCAUGCGCAUGCUCCUCACCGAGCCGGUCGUCACCUUCUUCACGCUGUGGAUCAGCUUCGCCUGGGGCAUCCUGUUCCUGUUCUUCUCCAGCGUCGUGCAGACCUUCAGUACCAACUACGGCAUGAACACGCUGCAGACCGGGCUGGUCCAGCUGGCCAUCUCCGUCGGCGCGCUGGUCGGCACGCUGGUCAACCCCCUCCAGGACAUGAUCUACUUCCGCACGGCGCCCAAGAACCGCGAGAAGCCUGGAAGGCCGAUCCCCGAGGCCCGGCUGUACACCUCCAUCCCUGGGAGUCUUCUCUUCGCGGGCGGGCUGUUCUGGUACGGCUGGGCGAGCAUGCCGGACGUGCAUUGGAUCGUGCCGACCAUCGGGAUCGCCAUUACCGGUCUGGGGAUCUACUCCAUUUACAUGGCUGUCGUGAAUUACUUGACGGACGCGUAUGAGAAGUACGCUGCGUCAGCACUGUCGGCAGCCUCUCUCGGUCGGAACAGUUUCGGUGCAUUUCUGCCUCUGGCGUCGUAUCAGCUGUUCCAGAACCUGGGGUACGGCUGGGCCGGAUCGCUGUUGGGGUUCAUUGGACUUGCGUUGUCGGUUGUGCCGGUGGUCCUGGUGAUCAAGGGGCCGGAAAUCCGGCGACGCAGCCCGUUCAUGCGCGAAUCGACGUUUGCAAACCCAGACGAGACAGCGGCAGUUCCGUCGGAGAAAGGGGUUGCUGGGGAUUCGAAUGGAGCUGGGUUGUCGGAGCCGAAUAGACGUGAGAAUGCAUAG